AUAAAUGCCUCACAUUCCAUGCUUAUGAACAAAACCUAUUUCAAAUCAAGACCUCUCUUUCCUCAUAGUUGUGGGGCUCUCUCUCAAGAUCAUACUAGAAAGAAUCAUACAUACCCAUUUCAUAUCAAAAGCUUCCGUCCCCUCUCCAUUUCUUUUGGGCACCCUCUUUAUAUUAGGCUACUAAAUAUUACACAUUCCAUGCUUUCGAACAAUACCCAUUUCAAAUCAAAAGCUUCCACCCUCUCUCUCCUUUGUUUUUGGUACACUCUUUAGGUCAGACUACUAAAUGUUACACAUCCCAUGCUUUUGAUCAAAACCCAUAAUCAAAAGAUUUUCUUUUUUCCCUUCAAGGCAUUUCGUUUCUCUUCCUUUUCUCAUCCACACAACCAUGCAAGCUUCAAAUUCAUUCAAGAGUCUUUUCCUCAAGAAAUUUCUAUUGGGUCUCCAACAAGGUGAUCUUUCAUCCAAGAACAUGAGCUUUCUAGAGAGGAAAAAUGCUAUCAAGCUAUCAUCAGACAUUGCGCUGGCGUCUGCGCGUGACGGAGUGAAAUGGAGCCGUGCACUCAUCGCAAAUAUCUCCAAACAUGAAAAGAACAAGAUCCUUGUGCAAAAAAUCUUGGGUGUCGAGUUCGACUGCGUAACAAAGCCGUACUACGGGUCUCCUAUGUGCAAAAGGGUGAAGAGCAAGAUGAUCUUAAGGAAAAGCUGUGCGACAUGCAGGAUAAGGAAGCGUGCACCACGCCGAAUUCUAGCAAGUGCCCUUGCUAAGAGAAUGGUGAGCAAGAGGACCCAAAUGCUGAAAAGUCUCAUACCGGGUGGAGAGUUCAUGGAUGAGUUCUCGUUGUUGGUCGAAGGCAUCGACUAUAUUCACUCACUACGGGCUCAAGUUGAAGUAAUGCAGCGGCUUGCAAACACCUUUGAGCUGUUGAAUCGCAAGUAAGGUUAUAUAGCACUAAUCUACAUUGCCAUUUUUAGCUAUGUGAAGGAGAGACAGAAAAAUGGAAAAGAAGAAGAAGAAGAAGAAGAAGCGUCAUAGGAACAAAUCCUACUAUGAGAUGGUAUCUUUCAAGCAUGUACAAAUGAAAUGAAACAUAUUGAAGCUUAGCUUUUAUUUCCUACUCUUUUUAUCUUCCAUGGUGACUCAUUCAACUUCUAAAGUUUUCAAAUGUUUAUGCUUUUGGGCUUAAA